AUGAAACCACUCCACUCUGUGCUGGAUUUCAUUAGAACUCAAAUCGAGCAAAGGAAGCAAGAAAUAGCUAACGGAACACACGUACUACAAGGGGAGGGUGAUGAUUUUGUUGAUGCUUUCCUGAUACAAAUGAAGAAGGAUCGUGAAAGUGGCACCCCAACAAGCUUCGAGUGGGAAAUGCUGCUGAUGUCGCUGCUUGACCUAUGGAUAGCAGGUCAGGAAACCACAAUAACCACGUUGGAAUGGGCGUUCUCCUACUUACUACUUAAUCCACAGGUAACAGCACGAAUAGAGGAGGAACUGUUGUCGCUUACGAAAGGUCGACGUCCGCUCUCUAUCGUCGACAGGCCGAAUACUCCAUACUACAACGCCGCUCUGAACGAAGUCCAUAGAUGCGCUACAUUAGUGCCGAUGAAUCUGUGGCGAGAUACUUCUGAAGAUACUGUGGUUGGAUCGUAUGUGAUUCCUAAAGGAACCGCUAUCACAGCUCAAAUCUCACUCAUUAUGACUGACGAAAAAUACUUCGAAAAUUGCUAUGAGGCACCCUCAGAGGUUCUCAAAUUUUCAUUUCAGUUCAAUCCUGACCGCUACUCCAAUGGCAACAAAUUGGAGCAAAAGGUGGUCGCGUUUGGUUUGGGAAAGAGAUCCUGUUUGGGCGAAUCACUUGCUCAAGCAGAACUUUAUCUGAUCAUCGCAAACUUCCUGCUUCGCUACAAAAUUUCGGCAGAUCCUCUACAUAUGCCAAGCACGAAAGCCACGAAUGAAACUGGAACUAUGAGAAGGCCAUACCCCUAUCACAUGCAAUUUGAACGUCGAUAA